AUGCAAAGUCAAGUUCCAGAAGAGCACGUGUUAGAGGCGGUGGAAUUAGUCAAGCAGGCACGCAAGCAGGAAUCUAUUAAUGAGGCCGGAGCCCUGAACAAUUUAGCUGUUAAGCUAAGUGUUGGAUACACGAAAACCGGAGAUCUUCAGCACCUUGAUCAAGCUAUCAAUAUUGGGGAACAGAUCAUGCAAACCGUCCCGAAAGACCACUCAACCUUUGCUGUCGGCUCUUUUAACCUUAGCAAUAACUUCUUCCGUCGAUAUCUGAAGCUAAGAGCGAAAACGGAUUUUGAAGGAGCCAUUAACUUUGGUAUCAAAUCAUUACAAGCAACUCCAAGUGAUAGCUUGAAGAAACAUGAACGAUGGAAUGCUAUCGGCACCUAUCUGGAGCAUCGAUAUACAAGAGAGGGUGACAUCGCUGAUCUAGAUCAGGCUAUCAAAAUUGGGGGGCUGGUAGCGCAAGAAACAAAAGACAACGUUGCAUACCAAGAUGAAUAUCGGAGGUAUCUGAAUAAUCUUGGGUUGCGAUACCAAAAGCGAUUCUUGUGGUCCAGCAGCCACCAUGACCUUGAAGAAGCAAUAUCAUGCGGGAAGCAAGCAGUGUUAGGGACUAUAGAUCAUCAUCCGGAUAUUGCCCUGUUCUACCAUAAUCUUUCAAUGGCUCUUGAUAUUAAAUAUACAGAGUCUGAAGCUCUGUGGGACCUGGAAGAAGCCAUUCUUUGGGGCAGGACCGCGAUUUCUCAGACAUAUCCUGAUAACAACCCUGACCUGGCCGGAUAUAAAUCGCAUCUUGGUAUGCGACUAGAGAAGCUGUAUGCGAUCUCCAACAAUAUUCAAGACAUGAAAGAGGCAAUAGAAUGUUAUGACGCGGCUCUUGACCAAGUCAACGGGCUUACGCAAUAUCGCGUCGAGGCGGGUACGAAGCUACUGAGAUGUCAUGCUACGAUGGAAAACUGGGAACAAGCUUUCAUGGCCGCGCAGCUCGCGGUGAGCCUAAUUCCCUUACUGUCUCAUCGUUCCUUAGAAAACUUCGAUAAGCAGUACGUUCUCUGCCAGGCUGCUGGACUGGGAUGUGACGCAGCCGCACUUGGGCUUAAAACCGGCAGAGAUGGUCUGGCCGCAUUGCUCCUUCUUGAACAAGGACGCUGUGUCCUCUCAGAGUCAAUCCAAGAUAUCAGAACGAACCUCAAAGAUCUGAGAGUAAAGCAUCCUCAAAAAGCUGAGGACUUCAUCCAUGCCCGUUCCGAGCUAGAGGAUCCUAUGAUGGAGGUAAUGUCGAUCUUGGAAAGCAGUAAUGAGUCAUUUGUACAAACUCAGGUCAUCCAAACCGAGUCCCAUCGUCACUUUGAGAUUAUAAGAAGGCUGGGAAAAUUGCAAAAUGAAAUCCAAUCAAUUGAUGGUUUUGAAAACUUCGGCAAAACUGUUGAGUUGACAGGACUUGAAGAUUUGAAGCGCAAGCAUCCCGAGAAAGAAGAAGAGUUCAUGCGCCUCUACGAUGAACUACAAAAUUCACAAGGAGAACUAGUCUCGGAAUUCAACAAUCGAUCAAUUUCAAGGCCUGAUCAUAUUUUCGGACGCCACAGACUUAUUUGGGACCUGGGCAAACUCAUAGCAGAUAUCCAAACAAUGCCUGGAUUUGAGGACUUCAUGGAGGUGUCCAGCUCCACGGGUCUCAAAGACUUAAGGCUUAAAUACCCUGAAAAGGCCGAGGUUUUCGUCCGUUUUCGCUCUGAUUUAGAAAGCUGCUUAACACAAGGAGCAUUUGCUUCAGAAAGUAACCAUGAUUCAGUUGCCCAGGUUCAGACGAAUCAUCGAUAUGGGACGGUGAAGAAGCUGGAUGAACUGGUAGCUGAUAUCCGAGCCAUGCCUGGCUUGGAGAAUUUCAUGAAAGCUCCCGACUGGACGGAGAUAAGUGCCGCUGCCAAUAAUGGUCCGAUUGUGGUUAUAAAUGCCAGCGACUACCGAUGCGAUGCAAUCCUGAUUCAGGAGAAUGACGUCAAGACUAUACCCUUGCCAGACCUAAUUCCAGAAGAGGCAAAGCGAAGAAGCAGGCGAGAUCAAAUAGAUAGUCUUUCGACACUGAAGUGGCUGUGGCACACUGUAACUGGCCCAAUUCUAGAUGCUUUGGGGAUCACACAUUCUCCAGUUCAGAGAGAUUGGCCCCAUGUAUGGUGGAUUCCUACUGGCAUCUUAACCAAACUACCCCUUCAUGCCUCAGGUAUUCACUACCAAGGAUCUAUGGAUACAGUGUUAGAUAGAGUGGUUUCAUCUUACAGCACAUCAAUCCGAUCUAUGAUCUACACACGAGAGCAGGACUUCACACCCCCGAGGGCUUCUUCAAAGGCGCUGUUAAUUGGUAUGGAACACACUCCAGAAAAUAGUGAUCUGAAAUUUGCGAAACAGGAGAUCAAUACCCUGGGAAAAAAUAUUCAAAGACAUGUCUCUGGACGUCUUGAAUCAGGCAAAUUGCAAAAACGACGUCGAAUUGCUUCUUCCAGAUUGCAAAAUAUUUCAUUUCGCUGGACAUGGCUACACUGA